GUGAAAGUAACAAAUCAGAAACUAUGUUAAUUUGAUCCGAGACCAAACACUGACAGCUCACGCUGACCUGAUUAGUCUUCGCAGUAGAAUAUGAUGUCCUCAUUUAAAUACAAAACUCUGACAGCACUAGGUUAAUAUCACAACAGAUGGUCUCUUGUGACAUAAAUUAAUAUUAUACCUGAAAUUUCUGAUGUUAUAGAUUUUCUACCAAUAUUCUAGUAGAAGGACACUGUCAAAAUCUUAACUUGUUCAAGAAUGCACAUUUACAGGAGCAUCCCAGUUACUGUCAGGGCUCCUGGUGUUUCCCACUCAUAUCAGCAUGUUAACAAACUACUCUGAAGGAGCUGCUGUAACAGAUUUUGAAAGCAUGAAUAUACUGGCUGUGCUACUUCAUGGAGUUGCCGCUGAAAGUUCCCCACAGACAAUAAUACUGACUUUCUGAAUUACUUAUCAAUAUCAGCUAUGAAAACCACUUUCCUAUUUUUUUGCUGUGGACACCAUUUCAUUAUGAUUUCAGUGUGAUCUGUUUGAGCCUUAAGUGACUCAGUGAAGUGCAAUUCCCCCGGAGGAAACUGCUGACAGGAACAGAGGAGGAGGCAACAGCAUGUUGCAGCUGAUGUGAGCCUGGCAUUAUUAUGAAUGCUGGGUGAUGGCAGGAUUGGACUCUGUCAUGAGAAAAUAUCAAGGGUAUGGCACUAGAUCAUAUUUCAUCCAUUUCCAUAGUCUUUUGACAAGAACAUAGUAGAAACAAAGUCAUUUAAUAUCCCUUGCAACUUUGAUUAAAACUUAUAACAAACCAUCUUGUAUUCCUGUGGUAACAACAGUUACUGUUAAUCGUGGAUCGUUUUUUCUGUUUUAAACUCCCACUGUGGACUAUAUUCGUAUUAAGUUGGGGUCAUUUGAGGUGGAAGAAAUAGAUGAAGCAGCCAGUUCAGAUUCCUGCAGUUAGUUAUUGUAACUGCAGCAGUGCAGCAUAUCAUACAUCUACAUAUGUAACCUGCAAGACAAUCAACACUACCACAGUUCAUUUGAAUUUACCGGGUAAACUAAAGUUAUCAGUUAUACUCAGAUUAUCCAGCAAGUUAGUAAAUUAAACCGUCGUCAGAGAACAACUUGCUGACCUAAUUAUUUUUCAUUACGUUUGAAUCAAUGGCAAACUUACCUGUUAUGAAGCGUAGGCAGCAAAACAUAAAAAAUAGUCUGAAAAUCAUCGUAUCGAAAGUCCCUUUAAGCUCGCUAUGUGACCCAGCGAGCCUGAUUGUCUAUUGUUUCGUUGUCUGUCUGUUACCGGUACAUUUGUCCUUCUUUUCCCCUAGUGAGCUCCCAUCACUCGCACCGACUCUUCCUGCCCCCUGUUACCCGGAUUCAUGUAGGCAAACUCAGCCACAGACUGUGACCCUCCCCUCUACUUCCACCAUGUGCUGUCAAGAGAGCGAGCGAGGGCACAACACACCAUAAGGGGCACACCCAUCCGUUUACUACAGUCAGUGCUCAGCGGUCUUAUGUUAAGGGACAAACUGUGAAUCAUUUGUAUACGUCUACUUAGAUUAACUAAGAGUUUUAAUUGACAGUUAUUUGAGUUAACCUCUCCUCUCUGCUGAUAAGAAAUGUUUGAAACAUCUCUUCCUACACUUGUGGUUUUUAACUUUUGUAAUAGGCCUAUGCAGAAAGUGGUAUUUAUUUUACCAAAGACAAGAGGAUGAAGUUAUUUGAUUUAGAUUAAAUAAAUAAAUAUUUUGCAAAGACAACUUAGUCACUAAUCGUGUAACAUUCAGAAAUGUUUUUAUUUACUUUCAUAUAACAGGAUAAGUUUUUUUUCCCCACGAUAUUCUGUCAGCCGCCACAUAGAUCUAAAAUAAAAACAGCUCAUUGUUUUUCUUCAUACCAUCACAAACUUUAAAAAAAAAAUAAAAAAAAACAUUGAAUUUUAGGUCACCAGAUUACUUUUAUUAAGACCAACCAAAAACAGCAAUACUGGCUCAGAUUCCACUCAUACAGCUGACAUUGGCAAAUCUUAGUGUAGGUCCUCGGUUCUCUCAGUCACUUACUGUCAUAUCUGUCCACCUUCACCCAUGGCAGAUCAAGUUCUUUGUUUGUUAUUCAGAUUCUGGUCAGAUCACACCUGAGGCAAGUAUUGACUUUAUUGGCAGCAUAUUUUGUACUUGAAAUUACAUAUAGCACUCAGACAAUUGAUAUUAUCAAAGAAAACUUUGAGCAUUUCUUCCCAUCACAUCCAGCCUCCCUUUUAAAACGAUAAUUGCUAAGAAAAUGAGGGUCUUCUAGCUGAAUUAACUGAAUAGUCCUAUAACUAGGAGAAAACCUCGCAACACCCCUCUUCCUAGAAAAUAAAUACAUUGCUCCUAAAUGUAUGUUGUUGUUUUUUUUUUUUUUAAAGAUUAAUGUCUUGGUCUCUAUGUUCUGAAGAAAGGUUUUUCUUCUGAUGCACAUAUUUACCUCUUAAAAUCUGUCAGGGGAGGUAGAUGAAUCUCCUUCUCGGGCCAGUUAAGUAAUGGCUGCCACCUACUGACUCAAAGAACUUAUUGCAUGUGGACUGGUCUGAACUGACAAAUUAAUUAAACGAAGAGGUUGUCUUUCCUCCCGGCCCCUCCCUCCUCCUGAAAAAAAAAAUCACUGUCUACGAUGCCCAAUAAACGAUUAGUCAACUAAUUAUCUUUGUUUUUUUUUUUUUUAAAUGCGACCAUUGAAGAUUUGGCACAAACAACUGUUUUUUCCCUUUAAAUGCUCAUCAUAUGAAUACAAUCAAUGACCAAUAAGCGUCACUUUUUCUUAUGGUCUCGUUUCGCUGUAGAGUUGUAUAGGGGUCUAUCAACGCGAGAUUACAAGGGCCUCGCAGAAGCGCGAGCACUUGUACGCGAACGGGCACAACAUGUUAUGUUCAAGCUCCAUCUAUAUCCUGGUAAAAUAGAAACUUCAUGGGUCAGUUUCAAGAUAAAGUCAAGAUAAAAAGUCUGCGUUUGGUGCAACUGCGAUCAACUCUGCGUAGUUAACAUCUUCCAUAUCCAGUAGUUCAAUACACUAAAUGUAAAAGGUACUUUUUCAAACUAUUGACGAUAUUUCCAAUAUUGUCCUCGUGAAUUUUUAAAGUUGUGAUCUUGACAGACAAUGUGGCUUAAGGAGAUUUCAUCAUACAUGACCUCUGAAAAAAUUAUGUUUAAUAUGACAAAGAAACCCCAUCUUUUUGGCAAAUGCUGGAAUGACUUUAAAAUAUAUCUGGAUAACUUCUCACAGAUAACUAGAUGAGUACUGUCAGUGGUGUGGUGGUAGUUGUUGGUUGAAGCCAUAGUAUAUACAGUCUAUGGUUGUAGCACAUCUGCAAAUCAUCUUAUUAUGAUGAUGAUGAUGAUGAUCAUGAUGAUGAUGAUGAUGAUGAUUAGUAUUAUUAUUAUUAUUGUUAAAGUAAUAAUAAUAAUAAUAAUAAUUAUUAUUAUUAUUGUUGUUGUUAUUAUUUCAUCAUUUUAUUUAUAUACAUUUAUAUCAUUAUCAUUUUUUUUUUUUUUUUAUUUUUUUUUAAUCUUUUUUUUUUUUUUUUUUUUUUUUUUUUUUAAGGAUGUAAGUAAGAGUUGGCCUAUGGGAUUUGUUCUGGGAGGGGGUUGGGUUUGGGUGAAAUGUUUAGUUCUAUUGUUGUUAUUGAAGUUGAAUACUGUUUAUGAAAAAAUGUUAAUAAAUAAAUUGUUUUAAAAAAUCGAUGACAAGAGAACUUGUCACCGUAGAGUCUCUUUUAUAUUUUGUAAUUUUUGCCUGGGGAAACGUCGAAUUAUAAAAAUCCGAGUAUCCUCAAACGCACCACCGCCUGUACGUCCGCUCUCGAGCGCCCCCUUGUUCGGCCUGAAAUCAAUUCACUCUGAUGACGUCACUCGCAGAGUUGUCAUGGCGUCUUUGGGACCGAAGCUGCUGCUGAAAUUUAGCUAAAAUCUGUCGACAGUCUGUACAUCGAAAUGGAGAAAAAUGCAAACCUGCAUCGAGACACUGACGGGAACUCGUUGUGUACCACGAUCGCGGGAGAUAUGGGCGAUGUUACGGCUGUUGGCGGCGUGAAAGGAGCUGCCGAGAAAUGCAAGAAUAGUGAGGCUGCUCUUAGUACUUUGGUUAACGUUAGUUGCAAUAACAGCACCACUAACGUUGGUACUCACAGCGCUGUUAACGCCACCUCCAGUGCCGAGAAGUCCGACUUGACAGAUGUGAUCGAAGUCCCUCCGGUACAAGGGGAGAAGAAGAAGAAGGACACCGAAGCUAGCGGAUCGUGGUCGGGGUCCGAGGAUCAGAUCAGUAACGGGAUGGGGCAUGACUCGAUGCUGACUGUAGGAGAUAGCGAGGGUGGUGCCUCAAAGUUAGUAAACAACAAAACCGACGGCCUGUCCUCACCUCCCGCUAUGGAGAUAACAGAUAUACAGGCUGAGGUUUUAGCUUGUGGAGAAAGUAAACCAACAAAACUUGCCAAACCGACUCAUCUAUGUCCGGACAAUGCAAUCACAGCAAACGUCAAGUCAGGGCAGUCCGGCGAUCAUACCUUAUCAGAAGGAUUGCCGAGUGGGAGUGACCCUGAUCCCAGCCUCGGAGGAGAGUCAAGAAGCAUAGAUUCAUUGGAGUCCUUCUCCAACCUGAACUCCUGCCCCAGCUCCGACCUUAACAGUGAGGGGCUGGAGGACAGAGGACUAGCCCUGGCCCUUCAAAACGAGUACGGGGCUGAUGGGACAAAGACAGCGUGUGCUAAGGACCGGGUUGCCGGUCAGUCCAUAUACCACAUAAAGUGGAUCAAGUGGAGGGAGGAAAACACGCCGAUCAUCACCCAGAAUGAGAACGGUCCCUGUCCAUUACUGGCAAUAAUGAAUGUUCUGCUUCUUGCAUGGAAGGUAAAGCCUCUGAGAAGGGCAUACAUUAGUAGCUCUGAGCUCUAUCAGCACUUUUAAUGUAAUUAAAAUAAAUUACACUUCAAUGAGCUCCAUAUUAACACACUCCUAAUAUUUAAUCUAUCACUGAGAUCUAGUCCCCACCCUGACAUUCAAUAUCUGUGUGUGAUAUCUGUAUGCAAACAUUGUAUAUAUAUAUAUGAACAUAUCAGAGUUUGGAAAUGUGUAAUUACUUAGCUCACCGGUUAAGUUGUGUUUGACUACACAUUUAUUAUCUAACAAUCAAUAUUAGCUAUUAGUCUACCGCUGUAACAGCCUUUCCACCUCUUCUACAGAGAUAAUACUUGAAAGCUGGUCACAGUGGACAGUCACAACACAAACUAAACAAAAGUAAAAACACUGAGAAAAUCAGAAACAUGCAUUUAAUAUCACAAAAAUGGAACAUGGAGCAGUGCUCUGUGUGAUGAGUGCAUUUACGAAUGAAUAGACUGCUGGAGCUCUCGUGUCUUUGUUGCAGGUUAAGAUGCCUCCCAUGAUGGAAAUCAUAACUGCUGAGCAACUGAUGGAAUAUCUUGGUGAGUGUUUCCAUUACACAGAUUACAAGACAGCAAGUUGAUGUUGGGUUAUUGAUCAAAAGGGAUCAGUAUAACAGUGAUUGUAUGAUGUACACCUCUGCAAGGCCUUUUCCUCACAUAGCUUUACAAUGACAACAGAACACUAUCUGCUUAUACGCAGAAAGUUACACAUUUGUAAUGUGACUUACCAAAAUGGUAUUUCACUCACCUAUUAUAAAUCUGAAUGUCUGUAGCCCACUCCUGUAAACAUAUUAGCACAAAGGGCCACUAGCACUGAGUGUAGCCGGCCUGGUAAACAUUCUUGUGUUUCACAUUCUCUCAGCUGAUUGGUUACAUUCAUAAGGUCAGAUUUAUAUCCCGAGUCAACAGAGGAAGGGACCAGAACUGGGGAAUCCCCAGUGAUCCAAUCUGCUGCUGAAAAGGAAACCGGUGCUAUCACUUCUCCCCGGCUGUCUCCUGCCCUGCAGAACUUAAAUUACCCUACAGUGUCAAAGCAGAAAGCUCUGAACUCUAUACAUCAUUAUCGUGGUGAAGGAAUUCAGGAGUAAUCUGGGACUAUUUACAAUCUCUGUCCUGUUGGCUUAUUUGUGUAGUGUUGCAUGCAUUUUUUAUGAGAGCUACAUGAGUAUUGUGUAGUUUAUGUUGUCUUUUAUUUUUAUUGAUAUGUGCUUCUCUGUUUACAUAUAAGUUAUUGUUUUUGUUGUUGUUGUUUUUAUUCAUUGACAAAACAAUGUUGGGGCAGCAACAAAGAGGUCCAGGGAGAUAACGUAACGUAACGUAACGUAACGUAACGUAACGUAACGUAACGUAACGUAACGUAACAUAACGCAACAUAACGUAACAAAACGUGAAUUAACGUAACCUAACCUAUUAAAACAAAUGUUAUUGCAUCAUGUCUCGGGCUGCUGGAUACCCUCACAACUCAGCGAUGUUGUAAAUAACACUUGAACACAAACACAGAAGGUGAAGUUCAGUUGUGGUGUCAAAAGUAGUUGGUUUGCAUCAUUUGGAAGAAUAGCAUUCUUGUAAUCUGGACGCAUAGAUGAGAGAUACAGACAGACAGAUGAUCAGAGAUUAUUAAAGCGUCAACAGUUAAGUGGAAUAUAGGUAGUUCAAAAUGUUUUACUUCGUACAGACAGCUUAAAAAAGUCUAUGGGCCUCUAUUAAUUGGGAGAGUUUAAAUUCAGUUAAGAAGAUAUGAAUUAUCAUGCCAGCUGAUGCAUCCUGAACAGAGUCAAGCACAUUCUUUCUCCACAUGGCAAAAUUGACUUUUUUGGUCGACUUAGGGAUUUGACACUUGUGCAGACGAUGUCAUAGCGGUUUUUGACCCUGGAUAAACUUGAUUCAUUUUUCUUGCUUGAGCAAAGUACACAUGAAAGCAUAUUUUCUUCGCUUCAUGUGUAGCUGUCUUUAGUUAAUGGAGCUGUUGAUGACAGGACGUCGAUGACAGUCCUCUGAAUUAUUCUCAGGAAAAGUAUGUGUUGACAGUGCAGAAAGAUGCUCUCUUUGGCUCCUCACAAAUUAAUGAUUCCCUGUGAUGCAUCUUGAAAAAUACUUUCACAUGCAUUCCAAGAGCAAGGAGUAGACUGUAAUCAAUUUUUGACAGCAUUAAAAAAAAAGGAAUAAUUAUUAUUGGCUCCUCUAAAAAAAACUCACUGAGUAAAGGAUUGUAUGAGCAGGGUGCUGUGCCAAGCUGUGCUACUUGCUACAGGUCAUGCUGCCACAGUACUUUUAAGGUGACUCCACAGCAGACAGGGACUUGGCUGGUUCUACAUACUGUAGCACAGCCUCUUUUAGGGAAACAGCUGGCCAGUUCUUCCCUCUUGUUUUUCUCUGUCACAACAAUAUAUGUCUGGCAACAUCCCUCUCCUUCUGUUCCUCUGCAGGGGACUACAUUCUGGAAACAAAGCCUAAAGAGAUAUCAGAAGCCCAGCGGCUAAACUAUGAGCAGGUAAGGCUCGCCUAAUAACUUCUGAAUAAUAUUAUCUAAUAGACACCUUUUCUUUUUUUUUUAAGUGCGUGUGUUAAUAAGCUGCUGACUCUGAGGAGCGCAGGGCUUCUGGGAUGAACCCUCUCUCCCUCUCCAUGUAGUGGCAGUAAUUGAGCAGAUUUAAAAUGAGCUUUCACUUUGUCUCUUUGACACGCUCAAAAUACUGCAGCUGUUCUUCCCAUCAUUAAGGAUAUAUUUUCACGGCGGUACACAAAGAAGAAGUACUGAUUUAUCACACACAGUCCGUGUAGUUACAGUUCACACCGAAGCGGUUGUGCAGUAAAGAUCAGCGGAUUGGACUAAAUGUAAAUAACCAUCACGUUGAUUACAAAAUACAUAAACUAUAGCUUAUCUUUUCCCCCCACUGCUCUAUAGGUUACAUAAGAUGGGUCUUGCAAGGCCCAGGGAACAACAGGGGUCAGGAGUGUCAGAUUAUGUUGUUUCACAUGGCCGUGAAUGCUUAGAGACGCAUGGCCGGGUUCAGCUCCCGGCUAUUACUGAGGCUGUGUGUGUGUGUGUGUGUGUGUGUGUGUGUGUGCAUGCAUGCGUGUGUGCAUGUGUGUGUGUGUGUGUGUGGCUCACCGUGAGAGGCACUUGGAGAUGGAGCUCCAGCUCUCCUGCUUCCUCCCAUCUCCACUGCCUGUCUGCCUAAGGAGCAGGAGUGGCUUUACCUCUCCUCCUCCUCUUCUUCUUGCGUGGCAAAGCACACGUACAUCUGUGAAUGAUUAGAGGCCACACUUGUCCCUAGUUCAGAAAGCAGAAAAAAUAAUUUAAAGUCUUCUUAUAGAUGCUCACAAUUACGUUGGGUCUAAAUUUAAGUCGAGCUGAAACACGAGCUCUUGAAUACAUCAGUGGUGUCUUUGGCAUGCACUGUUAAAAAAGGGAGCGGUUGGAAGUUUGUGUUGCAUGGUUAUUAUGGCAGUCUAAUUCUGGACACUGGCCUGGGAGCUCUUUAACAUGUGUGUGUCCUCAUGUGCAUGUGGGUAACACAGGAUGUGGAGACUACAGCGAGAGAGCAUGUCUGUAAUGUGUUUAUUUGCCUGUCAAACUAAAGGUACCCUCUUUUUUUGUAUCCAGCAGAGAUGCGCUUUCCUUGUCGUGUGAAUUGUUCUAAGACACAGCCUAAGUCAGCCUGACUUAAAAAAAAGGGGGCUGUAGGAGUUCACAACAGAAGCAGUUCUAUUUUUAAACUCAGCCAAAAAACAUCAUCUGUCGCAGGAGUGUGUGAGGAUUAAAAUAGCAGCUGCAUGGCGGCUCUUUAGCUAUUGUUAAAUAUUUACUUGGCGGAGGGGUGGAUGUGAGAGUGAAGUUUUGCUCUGCUUUUAUCUGAUAGGACCCAGGACUCUUACAAAGCAACUCCUUCAUACUUAGGGUUCAGCUACUGGAGGACAGGUGUUAACGCGUUCAAGUAGACCCUGUAGUUUUUAUUUGGCAUCAUUUAUACGACAGUGAUGGUUCUUCUUCAAAAAUGUUUCUUAGAUUUUCAUCUUGCUCUAAGUUUACCUGAGGUGUUUUUUCUCUUGCAGUCACCCUGGUUAUACCAGAUACAUUUUCCGAUCAUUUUUAUUCUUUUAUUCUGUAAGCGGAACUGUAAACUUGGGUAUAAACAUAAAUGCUGAAACUGCCAACGCUGAAAUGUAAUUUGAGCAAUUUUUUUUAUGACAGUACCUGUUGUUAAGCUUAUAAAGAGUUCAUUUUGACCGUUCGAUGGUAGAUAUGAUGAGCUUGGUUGUCACUUUUAGUCAUUAUAAUCAUCAUACAGUACUAUCAUAUCUGUAUCAGUAUCAGAGCGAGAGCGGGUCUGUCUUCCUCAUGUGUUUGACUAGGAGCUGACAAACAUUAGAAACAUUCGAUUAGCCUGGUGAUUAAUCCAACAAAAAUGUGGAGCAGCUGCUGAUGUGUUUCAGAAUUCAUGAAAGUAUGACCCACAUUGUGGAUUGUCUUGUAAAAUGUUUAUUAUUUACAACUCCUACAGAUGCGUUAAGUAAUAGUUGUUUUUUUUGUCGGUUUAUGGAUAUUCUGUGUGCGGUUGUGCCGAUUUUUGUUGGACAUAAAGGCAGAACGAGUAAAAACUGUUGCUUAGUCUUGUCUGAACUGAAAUUGCAGCCCUGAAAAAAUGUUGAGUGACUUUUCUUGAAUGCAGUUGUUGAUAGAGUUAGGCUUUCUAAAAGUUUCAUUUCCUGGUUGAUUGUUUAACCUUUUACAUAAGAGCAGAGAGGCCUCUCUUUGGUACUGACUCUGUUGAGUUCAAGAAAAAAAUACUGCAAACCCAUAGCAGUGUUGUGUGCUUAUGUCGUUCCAUGCUGUAGAAAUGUAUCCUACAUAAGCAAUGAUGAAUGUGAGUGAUUCAGAGCUAAUAAUCUGAUCUCAAAGCACUCAUCUGCCGUUGGAGCCCUCUGCCCUAAAGUGAAGAGAAGUGGUCCAUUACACAUGCCUGCUAAUCCUGCCAUCACUGCUGCUCGUAAGCGUCCUAAUCCACACACUCAGAUGGGCCAGCUGCAGGCUUUUCACCUCAGCUCUCCACACCAAAGCAUCAAAGCUGGAGUAGCUUGCAGCUCAUGGGAUAUACAGUAUCUCUACUGUAAACAGUCCCUACACACACUGCUGUGAACUUGAGAAAUUCAUUUGAAACAGUCUCAUUAUGUAACAUUUUAUUCCUCAUUACACAUGAAAGAUGGUAAGAAGUGAUGCACUUUGAAGCCCUCUACAUGCUUCAGUGAAAGAUGUUGCAGGAGGUUUUCUGACAUGGAAACAUACAAGGAGACUGCAGGACUUCAUGCAAAAUGAAGAUUAAGUUUUCUGAUAAUGUGUCAAAAUUAUCUGGUGGAAAAACUGAAUGUUUUUCAAAAUCAUGAUAAGUGCACUCUGUGACAUGGGGCAGUGAAAAGGUGCUCUGCAGAUCAGAUCUUUACCCGUAAUCAAUGAUUGGCAGUUAUAUCGGAGCCUGUCCAACGGAUCAGUUGCUGAUCCCAAUCAAUGAAAUCGCUGUCUACUUUAGUACAUUUCCUGCAGCAUUUAAAACCUACUGAAAAUGGUUCCAAACCAUUACAAAAGUGAGAAGAUGUUGGUAGCAUAUGUUAGUAGAUUGAGAUGUGUACCAGCGUCAUCCAUCUGUAAUUUGAAUCUAAACUCUUUUUUUUUUAGACCAAGUUUGAAAGGUUUUAGUUCCAUUCAGUUUAAAUUGAUGUUUCAUUUGACAAUGAAAUUAGAAAGCCUUUUCAGUACUAAAACAUCAUUAUUAUACAACUGCACAAAUGAUCAUCCAGCCCUAUUUAACCCCGCUGGAUCACAAAUACAUCAGCCAUUUAUAGAUUAAGGUGAACUGCUCUGGUGUGGGUUGAUUGAAUGACCUAUGCUGUCAUAAAAUAUAUUCUCUUGUGUUUCCACUCUCUCUCCAGUUGAGUUGAAAUCUAUUAGAAAUCACUUUCAGAUGCAUGCUUGCAGUAGAGUUUUAGGGCUCAGCUGCAAGGCUGAUCUUGAUCUCGGUGUUGAAUGGAAGCAGAGUUCACAGCCAGCUGGGAAACACUGCUCAGAGGCUGAAUGCAAGAAUGAGUCUGUUUGGUUCUUUGGUGUGGGAGUACAUGACAUACUUAUAUUGUUAUGUGUAUGUAGAGUAUACACUGUUACAGGGUGUAGUAAAAGGUUGUUCUGCAGAUCAAAUCCUUCUUUAUAAUCAGCAGUCAAACUGGAGACUGUCCAACAGAUCAGUUGUUCAUCUAAAACAAAGCUAUUGCUGCCUACUUCUCUUUUUGGCAGCCUUUGAAACCUUUCACCCUCGAGCUACUUCUCUCAAAAUCAUCAAACAUUACUGCAGGGAUAUUUUUUUAUGGACAUGCACACUUAAAAUCCUGUUUUUGCAUUAUUUUUGUAUUUGACCUCUUAAUUCAGUCCUUGAAACAAAUUAAAAUCACGUGGAGGACUUAACAGCUUGCAGCCUGGUUAAUAUGGUUUGAUUUCACAAUCUAGAGCAAAAAAUCAGCCUAAUGGGCUUUUUUUCUCCCAUGAAUACAGGAGUAGAUGUUCCAAAUAAGCUACUUUUGUUCACAGGAGUCAAACUCAACCAAUUUUCAAGUGGUAUAACCUUUUUCAUAUUCAUAUUCUCUAGUGCAAACAAGUUAUUGUAACAAAGGAGAUCUGACAUAAGAGUUUUUCAUUGUUUGACAGAAAACACAAUCUGAAAAUUAUAGCUAGAUGAUACAGAGAUAAAUGGCUAUUAAAAUUCAGAAAGACCACUAAAGAUCGAGGAUGAUUUCUGAAAAGAGCAGACGGCUACAGUGUUUUUGUUUGUUUGUUUUUUAAUAUUAUGACCACUAAUAGUUUUUUAAACAUAUCUGCUGAGAAGCAAAUAUUUGAAGCUGUAAGAUGUUUUCACUGGGCCUCUGAAGUCCCCAAGAUGGUUUAGCUGAAUAUAAUAACCCUGAUCAGCUCUAUUUGUGUUCUGGGUUAGACAUCAGUCCUGGAUUUUAGUCAACCAAUGUAUCAUGAUGAAACAUUAAACCUGUUCCAGCCAGACACGGCGAUGCCUUCAGGCUCUGUUAUGGGAAAAAGGUUUAGCUUCUGACUUUAUACAUCAGAAUUACAGACCACUGACUAUCUAGAUUAUCAUGACUUUAGCCUUUCUGUUUUCUUUGGUUAGAGACAGUUCAGUCAGCUCAUGGUGGUUGUUUGUUUGUGCUUGUGUGGGGUUAUCUUGUAAGAAAGGGAUGUCAAUGGCAAUGCAUACUUCUGCUGUGACUUAUCUCUCAUCAUCUGAAAAUACAGACACGAGUCAUUCAAGUCACUUUUAUCACACUUGGCAAACUAAGCACAUAAGAUGUAACCAGUCAUUUAACUGAAUUUAUAGUUGUUGUUGUUUUGAGAGGGUCCACUAACCUUCCCUACUAAUUUUAGCCCUCACUGAAGGUAUUACGCCAUCUAAGCUGUUAGACAAAAUCUGUGUUGGUGUUGUUGUUACAGUUUGGAAGAGUUCUCUUAUGAGGCUUUAGGAAGUGUUAGAAAAUUAAGACCCAUUUCUGUGGAAAGAAAAAAACAAUGGAAAACACUCAAAGUUAAGAGACUACACCCUUAAAACUGACCACAGAGCUGAAUCAUCCGUCUGACUAACAAGGAUUUCAACCUAUUUGCAAGCUUACAUUUGCAAAGUUGCCUGCUUCCUCUAUUUAAGUCAUGACAAAUCAUUAUUUAGAAAUAGAUGUCUUUUUUUUCUUAUGUUCCCUGUGUUUACAUUCUGAUAUGAACACACAUUACGAAAGAUACACACAGAUAUUAGGCAGAGAGAGAGAGAGCGAGAGAGAGAGAGAGGGUUCAAAACCUGUUUGCUGCUGAAACCUGAUUUAUUGAUUAUCAGUGCUCAUCCCUCCCUUUUACUCCCUUCAUUUUUUUUUGCUAUCUGUCUUCUGGUCACCGCAAAACAAAUUAAAAGACUUCCAAGACAACCAAACUAAGGCUGUCUUUAAGGCUAACAGAUGACAUUACACGUUGAUAUUUUGCCCAUCUAUUGUUACUAGUAGGUCAUGUCUCACGGUGAUAAGUCUGGGAGCUUACACAGAAAUGUGGUAUCAAAUGCUUUCCUGGCAGAGGCUUUCAUCUCUUCCUGAGACACGAAGACACUCAACCAAUGGUUAUAAUGGGAAGUAACUAUAAAGCAGGAAGUACAUUCUACUGAACUACUUUGCAAAUUAAAUUGUGAGUGUGAUGAAGCACUUUUUUGUUGUGCACAGUGUGGCUCAAUAGUUUCUUACUGACAAAAAUAAUCAUCUGACUAUGUGUAGACAAGCAGGACUAAUAAAACAAAUGAAGAGGUCUUUUUAUCGAAGAUCUCUGGUUAUAGAUGCAGUUGUUGGUUCUGUAUAAUCAUGCAGUUUCUAACUAAAAUUAUCUGUGUUUUCCAGAACAUGAGUGAUGCCAUGGCAGUGUUGCACAAGCUGCAGACAGGUCUGGAUGUGAAUGUCAAGUUCACAGGGGUGCGAGUCUUCGAGUACACUCCAGAAUGCAUUGUGUUUGAUCUGCUGGACAUCCCUCUCUAUCACGGCUGGCUGGUUGACCCCCAGGUGAGCUGGAUCUGACUCAUUGUCACCACUGUGUGUGGAUGAAAUAAACUUGUUUACUUGCUCUCCUGUGUGCCCUUGAACCUCUUUCUGCCAAACUAAUAAACAAACAAACAAAGGGAUGUAGUCAUUUGUUAUUAAAGGUGACCUUUAAAAUUCAUCAUCUCUAUAUUGAGUCAUAGAGCCUUUCUGAACUUUCUCUUAAGUGUUUCUUUUAAAUUCUAAGAUCCUCGAGUGUUGACGUAGGAAGCAAAUGCAGAAGGGAAAAAAACUGUAGUUCACUGAGUGUCCACUUGAGGCUUACUCAUAAGGCCAAGGAAUCACCAGUACAGCAAAGAUUGAACUAUUUAUUCUCACAGCAGAUUUAAACAAGUCUUUUGUCUGAUACAGAAAUGGUUUUGGUAUCUGUGCUUCAUCACAGAAUAGUCAGCUAAUACAUGAUCCAGUUUCUGGACAAUAGUCCUUAAAAUUUGCCCUCCCAAGCAGAGUACAUACCGUAUUUUUCGCACUAUAAGGCGCACUUAAAAUCCUUUUGGCUUGUCGGAGCACUGCAGCUACCGUAGCCUUGCGGAGUUAUUGAAUGAGUUAAAUAAAGUUUGACUUAUCUGACUGUUUUGUUUGGCUUAAUGCGCUUUAUAAUCUGGUGCGCCUUAUGUAUGAAAAUAGACACAUUAAUUGAUGGUGCGCCUUAUAAUCAGGUGCGCCUUAUCGUGCGAAAAAUACGAUACAUCUAUCAUGGACACCUAUGAUUUUGAAUGAUUACCCUGGGUAUCAUUCUCUUGAUUUGAUUUUAAAAACAACUCUAAAUGUAGUAAAGUUUAUAUUUCAUACUUGUGUUAUAUUUACCGUGAUACUGUUCUUUCGGGUGGUCCUGUUUCUUCUCUUCCACAAACAUACUACUUGAAACUUCCUUUGAGUUGGUCUGUGUGCUUUCUUCGCGACCAAACUGACAGUUCACACAACCCUGAAAAAGAUAAUGGAUGGUUAAAUGCACCGGAGUUCAGCAGUCGUAGUUUCAAUAUGAACUCUUUACUCCAGACUUUUUCUUUGUUAUAAAUUUUGUAUUAUUGUUCUGCUACUUUCAGUAAAACAUCACCAAGCUAAAAAUGUUCUUUCCCCUCAUUUCUGUCUUUGUUUGCAGAUGCAUGACAUUGUCAAGGCAGUGGGCAACUGCAGUUACAACCAGCUGGUGGAGAAGAUAAUAUCCUGCAAACAGUCCGAGAACAGUGAGCUGGCAGGGGAAGGUGAGCGUUUUCUCCUCACUCUCUCUUUGUACUGGCUGACCUGCCUAACCUGCCCUUGUCUCUUUUCUUUAAUCUUUCUGCAGAAGUAAAUAAAAAACAGAAUCUGUAUUCUCUUCCAGUUAGCAGCUCAGGUAAAAUAUCACUGGUAAUUCUGUCCUGCAUCUGCUCCUGGAGAUAUAUUAACUGGAGUGUCCAGGGCGAACACAUCCUGCAGAAACGCACAGACCAGGCUGAAAUAAAACCAGGACAUAUAUAUGUGACCACUCAUCAAAUGACCUACUUCCACAAUUCACUGUUUUCUUGCCAGCUGUCACUAACUUCUGGGCUCAAAAUAUUUGCUCUUUCAACACUGAGCUUCCUGAGCAUUUGUCUGUUGGGCAGAUGCCAAGUCGAUGCAUCAAAGCUUCAGCGGAUGGUGAUAUUGAUACAGGAGAUUCACUCUUUUCUAUUGUGUUUCUGCUUUUUGUAGCCAAGAGAAAAAUCCUGGGAGGGCCUGGUUUAAGUAGUCAAAACCACUUGAAUGCAUUUGUGUAACACUAAAAAGAAAUCUUAGUUGUUAUGCUGUAAUGUGCUAAAUAUUUAAAGGAAAGAGUUCAGUAGUUUUCAUUAUGUUGUAAAAGUUGUGGCUCUUUCCCGGAUAGGCAGCUCCUCUCUCCCUUGUCUGUUUAAGGAUCACACUGAUUAUGUGGGCUUCAAAUUGAAUGCUGUCUCACAGAUGUCUCUCACCAUCUGCCUCUCAGCCUAUAUUGGGUUCACUAUAGUAACCGCUUCCAGCAGCACAGGGUCUCAGUAUUCAAACAGAUACUACACACAUGACAGCAAGCAUUCCACAUGUUUGUCCAAAUAGUGACCCACCUUUAUAGAUGAGUCAGGGUUGCCUGUUUGUUGAUUGUGGUGUGCUAACUCAGUCAUUAGUCUAAUUAUUUAAACACAUGUUGAUUCAAGAGUUCAUUCAACAAAUGAAGCUAUAAGCCGCUUCAGCUUGUUGCUUGUUCCUCCCUUAUUAGCAAUCCUAUCAAAAUUAAAUUAUCACCUCUCUAUUUCAAGUUCAUUUUGAAUCUGUAAAUUGGGAAGUAGAAGACAAUAAAAUCGUCAAAGAAAUCCUGUCACCUGUCCAUGUUUCUGUUAUAUUUUUAAAUGAUCAAACAUUCUGUUUCUCUGUUUCCUCUAUUUGUUUUGUGUCUCAGGCAUUGUUGCAGAGCAGUUUCUGAGUAGCACAGCCACCCAACUGACGUAUCACGGCCUAUGUGAGCUCACCUCCACUGUGCAGGAGGGAGAGCUCUGCGUCUUUUUCAGGAAUAACCAUUUCAGCACCAUGAUCAAAUACAAGGUAAAAACUGCAGAAUAUAACAGCAUCUGUACAGGUACUCUAAGAAGUCAAGACGUGCCCCUCAAGCUGUUGCCUCUUAGUCUUUUGUGCUAAAGAGAAAGUUGUUGGUAUUGUGUUGUUCAUGAACGUUUCGUUCAAAAGAACCAAAUCUUUUAAGUGAACGUACUGAACUGAAUAACUUCUUCAAGUGAUUAAUUCGUUUCUCACUUCAGUUGAGCUGCCAGCAGCGCAACUACCAUAGCACGCAGCAUUGCCGGGCGAGCAGCCAGUAGACCAGACAAAUAGCAUACCAGUACACUUAAAACAUCAUGAUUUAUAAUCAAGUUCAUUUUUACAAACCUGUUUGUCAAAGCAACACAGCCACAACACUCUCAUCUCCAGGUCCCAGAAGCUAUGAUCUGAACUGAGUUCUGAACUGUUCAGCUGUUUAUCAGUUCAUGAAGUCAGAGUCACAGACUCCGACUUCGUGAUUCGGUGAGCGAAUCUUUUGAACAAAUCUUUUUCAUGAACUGAUUCUAAUGAUUCAGUACAUCUAAAAGAACUGCCGAGCCAAUCGCUAGUUGUUGGUGUUUCUAGUGAGUCUGAAAAUGGAUUUGAUUUGAUUUCUAGCUGUUUCAUUACUAAUGUACAAUAUCCAUGUAUUGGAAAAACUGUUAUUGUAAGAUAAACAUCAUUAAGAGGCUUGAUUUUCUGGGGAUAAAAAUGUAAACUGCAUACUCACUUUUUGAUAAUAAAAGCUUUGUUUCCUGCAUUCAUAAUUACUACUUCUCUCUAUGUUAAAAACAACUUGUAGUCUUUUACCAUAAUCUGUUAUUCACUUAAAAGGUUACUCAUAGCAGGUCAGUUAAAAUGAAAGAAUGUUGACAUGCAUAACAGGAAUACAAUAUCUAUGAAUGCAGCAAAAACUUCAUCAUCUGCACGUGUACCUCUCAUCAGCCCCCACCCUCAGCUGGUUGUUGGUGUUACUACAGACUUUUCCUGUUAUCUACAGGAGGGGAAGUUGAGCUGGCUUACUUUUAUUUUGAAUAGUAGUGUAAGGCUGCCAAUGUCAACAAAGCUGUGUGUAUCACCUUUAACCCUCAGAUAAGGUAUCAUGGCUGCUUAAGUUCUCUUAUAAUCACUCAGCUGCAGACUUUUACGUGGUUUUGAUAAAUAACCACACAAAUGACAACAUUUAGUGUGACACUGAUAGCAUGUGUGUGUAAUGUGGAUGCGGUUGUUUCCCAGGGCCAGCUGUACCUCCUGGUCACAGAUCAAGGUUUCCUGACAGAGGAGAAGGUUGUCUGGGAAAGCCUGCACAACGUUGACGGAGACGGCAACUUCUGUGAUUCCGAGUUCCGGUUGCGACCUCCAUCUGAUCCAGAGACUGUGUAUCGAGGCCAGCAGGACCAGAUAGACCAGGUUUGAAUGCUGGCAAGACUGAAAAAAAACCUGCCAUUAUUCACCUUGAUAAUCGCUGGUUUUCACAGCACAAAGGUUGAGACACAAGGCAAGACCAGUCAUGGCAGACUGACUUUCCUGGUUUUCUGCAUUUUUAAGUUACUUCAGAGAAAUUUGAGAAAAAAACUGGAGGACAGGAGUGACACAAUGAAAUUAAACCGACCACACCAGAAAUCAGCUCUUUCCUAUCUAGGGCUACAAAUUUAGAACAAGGUCCUCGAUAAGACGUGCAAUAGCUCCAAAUACAAGUUUCUCAGACACACAUGUGGCAUCCUGAAAAACAUACACUUUGUUUUCCUCUAGUCUUUGCACACUGCUUCCACACUGGUGCUCAGUGCUUUGUGUUACUGUCCCUUGGGGAUGUUUACUGGUUUCACCGCUGCCUGCUCAUUGGUUGGCCAGACUGGUCCGGAGACACAGAGCUUGCUGACAAACUGUCUGCAUUGCUCCCACACACAACACACAGGCUAGACAAGAACAUGGGAACCAUUACAUUUUAUUCUCCCUUUUUACUCAGGCCCAGACUUCUUCCAUCUACAAGAGAGGGGUCGGUGCGAAAAAUCUAUUCAGGCAAUUUUCUGCACUAAUCAAUUCACUCAGAUUGUAGGAAACUUGUAUUGAUUCCAGUUGGGAAAUUGGGUCUUUUCAGUGACAAAUUACAUGACAUAAUAGCUGAUACAGCUUAUAAUACAAUGGGUACCCCCAACAAAAAGAGGGUUAUGGAAGCUGCAACACAACUAAUUGCCAUGAGUGUUACAAUGAAGAUAAUACAACAUAAUAUGGAAAAAAACACACAAAUAGCUCAGUUAACAUUUGCCAUACAGGGUAUAAGAUACUCCUUUAUUAGUCGCACAAGGGGGAACCAUUCAAGUAUCACACUGACAGCUUUGCUCCUUAAUCUCACUGUCUCUUUUCAAUGUUUAUGUGUGUCAGGACUAUCUGAUGGCGCUGUCGCUGCAGCAGGAGCAGCAGAGUCAGGAUCUACAGUGGGAGCAGCUCCCUGAAGGCAUCAGUGACCUGGAGCUGGCCAAGAAGCUGCAGGAGGAAGAGGACCGACGAGCCUCGCAAUACUACCAGGAGCAGGAGCAGGAGCAGGCAGCUGCAGCAGCGGCAGCACAGGCACAGGCACAGGUUAGAAAAAAAAGGGACUGGGGUAGACAGAUGCAGGUGGGGAGGGAGGACUGGUAAGAUUUUCAACAAAUCUGAAGUAUUAAAGGGAUAUUCUGGCAUAAAAUUAAGUUAGGAUCAAACACACUGUAAGACCCCCUUGAGAGAUGAAUGUUGCCGACUGCUUGCUUCUCUAGUUAUACCAACUUUAGUAAUGACCGCACAAUAGCAAUACAUGGUGGUCUACCUCUCCACACGCAAACCUCAACCAAAAAGCCACUCGUAGCCAGAAAUAAUGCUCAGAACAGCACCUAACUUCAUCAACAGUACAUAUAGGGUGCUAGCCAUAGCACUGUCCACCCAACAUCUUUUUAACUUUGCCUGGUUUCUUUGGCAAAGAGACCAAACACAACUCACCCACUCUCUUGCAGCAGCUGCUUGUUUGUGGGGGAGCCCCGACGAGUCGAUCACCAAGUGCAGCGGAGUUUUGCAGCUCAAGGAAGAACAUUUAUGAUUCCACUUCAUGGAAAUGCAAUCAGACCGAGACGCUAAGGCAGAAGAACUACCACAUCUGCAGUGCAAAAUGAUUAUUAUGAUGAGUAUUACUUCAAGGAAAUGAUCCGCUGUUACUGUUAUUACUGUGUGUUUGACCCUAACUUAAUUUUAUGCCGGAAUAUCCCUUUAUGUGUAGCAUGGAGAGAAGAGGUGUUGUUUAGAAACAGAUGAAUUUCUGUAACCAAAAAUUGGAGCUAUUAAGUGAGGUUUCUUUUUAAGUUUUUCCUUGUCAUAAUGCCAACUCUUACUGUAAGGAAUAGAGGUAAGUGAUAUGCACAUAAAGUCGGUGCAGGGUGAUCAAAUUAUUAGGGUUUAAUUGCAGCAGGGUUUAAAGUGUCAUUAUGUAUGAUUUAAAAGAAAAGUUAUCAUGGAAAACAAAUACAAUAAAAACAGUGUAUGCUAAGUGACCCUGUUGUAGUUUUGUGCUAUCUUGUUAAGUAUUUCGUUACAUUUAUGUAUUUAUCUGCCUCAAAACCGCUUUGAACGGAAGUGCCCGCAUGUAUUUGUAUUUGAAAAAAUAGUAAGCCACAUUUCUUUCCUGUUCCAAGCAAUAUGUAGAUUUGCCCAUGGCACACUUGUCUCUUCCGCUGUGUUUUUGCAGCAGGGCCAGCAGGAGCCCGCUGAGGGAGAUGAGGCGGACAGAGGAGGUGCAGGAGCAGGAGGAGCAGCAGCUGGAGCCGGAACGGCAGCAGCAGCCGGGGCCUCGGCCAGCCCGGGAAAACAAUCCUCUAGUGGGGAGCGCAAAGCCAAGAAAGAAUCGAAGGAUAAAGACAAAUGUGUUAUUUUGUAACAUACAGCGCGUCUGUGUGACUGAGCGUGUGAGUGUUUUGUGCAUUUGCUUAUCAGAGGAGACAGAGGGGUUGUGGCCCCCCACUCAAGGACAAAUAAGGGAAGGAGACGUCCAAGGAGAGGGCGCAACAAGACUUGCAGAGGAUCUGCUGCUCCCAAACCACUGGUGCCUGCUAUCCUCUAUCCUCAGUGGAACCUGGACAUCAGAGGAAGGGACACUACAACAACGAAAACUACCCCCUUAUCUUUCAUAGAGUCGGCCAAACUUUGUUACAAGUUGCACAGUGCACUAUAUUUGUGAUGUAGGGUCGAGUUUAUUCGGGGUGGUGUGUUUUAUAGCAAAAGACACAAUCUGAAGAAACAAAACAUCGCACUCACCAUUUUUUAAGUCAUUAAUUUCACUUACUUUCGUUAUUGCAGCUCAUAAGCUUUUUUGUACGUAUCAAAUAUACACAGGAAGACACUUUUUUGUUUCCGUUGAAUUUCUUAAGUUAGCUGUUGAUGCCAAGAUUUACAAAUUAUGUCAUUGUCCGUGUAAGAAAAAGCUUUUUUAGGAGGUUUUAUCUUGUCUGUGAGCUGAGAGGGAUUUUUUUUCAGUUAGGAAUCAUUGUAACACUAUGUUUGUCCCCUCUUAAACACCAUGUACCCAAGGGUUACUUAACACCAGAUAGCUGCCGGAUACUGUAGCUGCAGUGACAGUACUCAUCACAGCUUCCCAGUUCAGAUUUGCCUUACCGGAGUAUGGCAGUGUUGUAUUCUGCUCUGUCUGAAUGUGACUAUAUCUGUUUCCAUGUGUGUGGUAUGUGCAGUACACGUGUGCUACAUGGUAUAACGGUAUGGGUGAACAUGUCUCAUUCACUUAGUAUCACAGAUGUUACAAGUUUCAAUUUGAAACUAUCCACAAAUUUUAAGUUGUAGAACUUAGGUGGCAAAUUUGAGACAUCUUUGUAUUUGCUUUUCACAAAAUCAUUCAUGGGAGAGUCUGAGAAUGAUGCUACAGAAUCAAACUGAGGAAAUUUGACUUGAUUUGACCUUAUUUCUGGGAUGUAACUGGCUUUUGGCAGAUGACAUUUGUGCUAGAUCACCUCUAGAUUUGCAUAUACGGUGGUUCUGAAAGACCUUUUUCUUUUCACUUCUGGUGUUUUUCAGAGGAAAAUGCAGUGUGUGUGCGAGCACUAUCAUUAUCCACUCUCUUAGUUUUCAUAUGUUCAACUUCCACAGCAGCCAGGUUUUAAAAGAAAUGCCAUAGAAGUCAGUAAUUUGCAUGUUAUAUUCCUCCAAACCAGGAAAAGUCUGAAAUAUUUAAAGAACUUUUUCUCAGCACUGAAACCAAACUGCAAAUCUGCAACAUCAAGAUAUACAACAAUUUUCACCUCCAGUAACUAUGUUGAGAAUCAGACUUGUUUUAUGCUGUAGCUGUGUUGAAUCAAUACUCACCUCCUUGUCCGUCACAAUUCUCCACAAAUUGAGUGUUAUAUUUGGAAAAUAAGGUAGAAAGGUGGAAGCUAACCUGUUGAUCUGUCCUGGAGGUACGCAGUCUGAUUACUGAAACUCUCUGGUAUCACCUUGUGUGCAUUUCACUGCACAUUUCACUGCAGCUUUAAGCAUUCAAACACUUGAUGUACAUACUGUAAUUCCCUAAUGCAUACUUAUAAUGGACUUAGCGAGUGGUUUGUGCCAUUAUCACACCAUGGGACUGCCUCCUGAGAAACUUUUCUAUCUAUACAUUCCAAUUGGAUGCCUUGACUCAAGCCUUGUGUUACAGACCGAGGGAGACUGUUGUGCUAGGUGGUCUUUGCAGUGUUUGUGAAGUGGUCUACAUUACUUUUUGUUCAGUGGGAACAAAGUUAAUGUAAAGACAGAACUGUAACAUGGAGGUAGCAGGCUAUGUAUUCAUGUAACGGCUGGAGUUUGAGCUCCAUGUUUUUGGCGCCCUUACACGGCUUUGUUUUUGUAUAUAUUUAUAUAUAUAUAUAUAUUAUAAAACGCCUUACAACACUUAAACAUAAUUUAUAGGACAAAAGUAAACAGGCGUAUUUUCAGAAUGAGACAAUCCAUACGUUUUCCACAUGAACACCAGAAAUACUCUCAGGCCUCUUUUGAAGGGACAUAUCCUCCAGUGUCUUUUAUGUACCGGCACAGUUCCUUGGCCUGUCGUCACCUUGCUAGCCACAACUUUUAGUAUGUGUAUGCACACACACACACACACACCACCUUUUUUGACACUUUGAAGAACUUGACGCUAUAUUAUUUAAGACCCUUAGAUUGAAUUUAACACUAGAAUUAAGCUGCUUUCCUUUUGUGUAAACUUGGACUACCUGGUAAAAAGUGAAAAGCUUAUUGGACAGGGUUAAGUUACAUUGUUGAUUAUGUACACUUCACUUUUUAUUGGCCGCCAAGUGGUUUCUCUGCCAUGAAGCUGAAAUAACACAUUUUCUCUGAAAGUGAGUGAGAGCGAGACAGCAGAGGGAAGACUUUGUGGCAACAUUCUGGUUUUUCCCCCUCCUUUCGUCACAUCAUCCGUAUCUCGGCCUUCGAAGUGAUAACGAUGAAAAAGGAAACUUUACUCAUGGUUAGUUGGAGCUGACAUGGAACAUUUUGUUUUGGGUGUUAAUAUGUGUGAAAAGAGAGCUGUGUGACACAUGCCACAUUGUUUUUUUUUAUUUACGUAUUAUUUCAGAUCUACUACUGUGCAUUAGCUUGCUAUCCCCAAUCCUCACUGCUAGAACUUAAUCUUUUUGUUGUACUGUGUUUGUUUCACCCUAGUUCCUAAGAUGCAUUGAUCAGAAGGAUAUUGUGUGUUCGAUGUCUCAAAGUGGUUACUAGUAUGCCUUGUAAAGUGAUGGUGGGGUAAAUGCUGUAAAAAUUAGUGUUUUGACAAGGUGGUCGUUAAAAAGUAGUUGUUGUAAUUGGUUAUUGCACUGUUACAUUGAUAUGCACUAACAGGAGAGAAACAUACCUCAUUUUAUACCGAACAUAAAUUGUGCAAGAGUGCUAUUGUUCUUUGGGUACCUUUUAAAAAAUGAUUCAUGGCCAAAAGACCUAUCUCAGCUUGGGGGUGGUAGCUUAAGCAAGCUGACUCAUAUUUAUCUGUGUAAGUUUGAAAGGGCUGUUUUAAAUGUUUUGGCUUAAAAUGAAAUCUGUCAAAAAAUCUGACAUCUGUCAAAAUAGUACCACUUCAGUUGAACUUGCUGCAAUUUGAUGAAUUCAGGUUAGUGGUACACCUAAUCCAGACAAAAUACAUCAAGUGCAAAGGCUUGAGUCCCAGCGUGCAGCUCACGUAUGAGGAAGGCAGUAAUGAUAAGAUGAAUUGACGCUGUUUGACUCGUCUUGACAGGAGCUUUUUUUUCUACAAAGUUAAAUAGAAAAUGUAGAAAUCGCUGGAACUCACCAGAAUCAGCAAAAAAAUAAAAAAACGUAGGUGCACCCCUAAUUCAGGUUAUUUUUCAAAAGUUCAAUAUUUAACCACACAACUUUUCAAAUAUGCUCAAACUUUUACACCAAAACAGUCAAGAAGGCUACUCUGUAAGGCUCAAGUGUUGUCAUCUAUGUAGCACAGGUGGGAAAUGUUCAUUCUUGUUGUAUGAGACACACAUCCAGACUGCUGAACAAUCUAAAGGGAGACUUUUUCUUUAACGCAAUAUAUCAUACUCCCGGUUUACUUUGUGGUGCAUGUAUAGCUUGGAUUGAAAGUAAGGCAGAGUAAAAUGAAAUUAUCAAUCCCCUGAGAGAACGUUAUUUUCUUUGGAUGGCCCGUUGUGUUUAUAUUUCACAUAAAAGCAUUCGAGACAGAGGACAGUGUUUGUGCAUAUGGGACGUUACUCAUUUGUGUUAUUUCAAUGUUCAUCUAUUUACAUAAAUGACCAAAUAAUGUAUGUAGCCUUUCACAUUGCAGUCACAUAUUGUAUGUGGUGAUAUAUAUAUAUAAACAUAUAUAUAUAUAUAUAUAACAAAAUGCCUUAUAGACGAGGGACAUUCAACCUGAUUAGAAGUACCAGGAUAAUAAAAGACUAAGAUCAAUA